GUUAAAUUUAGGGCGAUGAGUGUCGAGAGUGUUCCCGCGUUUACCGAUUGACCUCCACUCUUUGGUAAAAAGUCCACAGUAAUGGAAAGUUAAUCGCGGCGAUUUACACAGAUGCCACGUGGCACGAACGCUUUCUUUUUCUUCCUCGUGUUGAUGUUAUUUUUCUUUUGUCCCCUUUUCCUCUUCACAAGGCGCGAUUUGAGUCGCCUCGCAUUUCAAACCCUUCUUCUCCGGCGUAAACCUUUGCUCUAUCUCUCGUUAAAAACCCUAGUUUCGUCUUCAGCUUCGUAUUUAGAGAUGCUUCCACACUCGUACACCGUCGAUUCGCUUUCGCAAUCUCAAGACCUAGCUUCGGCUAUACUCUCAGCUUCCACGCCGUCGAAUAUCUCCGCUGCUUGUUCUUCCGUCGAAUCGUUUCUUCACUCACAUACGCCUGAUCAGUGUCGUCAUUUCUUCUCUGUUACUUUUCCGAGUUUAAUUUGUAAGAUCUUCGGUUUCGGCGACGCGACCGCGGCAUCUCCGGCACCGUCUUCGUCGCUGCGGCCGAACGGUUGGAUCGAUGUAAUCUCGGCGGCUAACGAUUUGGAUUUAGCGGAGAGAGUAUUUAAUCUCUUAUCCCCCAGUGGAAUACUCAUGAGCUCAAUCUUUGCUGUUGAUAAGUUAGCUCUUGUUAAGUACGUUUUUCCGACCGAACGUUUACCGGAAUAUGCUCGAUUCAUGCUCUCCAGCGAGAAGGAUCGAAGCGCGUUAUCUAAUCUGUGUCCCUUUUUGAAAGGUAAAAUUGAGGAGGAUUCACUUCGUGGUUCAUUGUAUGAAGUUAGGCUAAAUGUUUUUGAGUAUUACAUGUUUUGGCUCUCUUAUUAUCCGGUUUGUAGAGGAAACAAUGAGAGUUCAGCUGUGAAUCCUAUCCAAAAGAGAAAGAUGUUUAAGCUAGAGAAUUGGACACUUAUCAAAGGUUUUCCAGGGAGUAACAAGCGUGAUUCUGAUCAGAAAUUGGAGUGUAAUCUCUACUUAAGGCUUCUUUACUCUUAUCUGAAAGCAUUUGUUCCUGUUUUCGACUUAAACGCACACCAGCCUUAUCGUAGCUCUCUUUUGCAUUACGGAAAUGGGUAUGAUGGGUCAGUGAUGACAAGAGCUGAGUUCUUGGUGAAUGUGUUCGUGCAUUAUUGGCUUGUGGAGAAUGACUUCUCACCGUUUCCUGUUGUUACGGCUAAAUCUGUUGGUGUGUCUCCUCCUUUCCGUUCUGCUGUGGAGGAGAUUCCACCUACUUGUGGGUUGGAAGAAGUAGUUAAGUUGCUUGUCAAGUAUCUGAAUUUGAGCUGGGUUACAAGUGGUGUUGGGAGUGAAAGCUACAUUGAGUAUGGCGAGAGUCCACGGUGGAAGACACCGACUUCAGGAUCGUCAUUCCAUGUUGCGAAUUUGAGUCUCAGGCCGCUCACUUCCUGGAACACCCAUUUACAGAGGCCGCUUUACCGCUAUAUAUUGAGGAGUUUCUUGUUCUGUCCCAUAGGAAGCUCAAUUAAGAAUGCAUCUCAGGUCUUCACUAUCUGGGUUGUGUACCUGGAACCAUGGAUGAUCAGUUUGGAUGAUUUCUCAGAUCUUGAAGCUGCUUUAAAUGGAUCUGUAAAAGAUGUGAAAAAGGAAGAGUCUUAUGAAUCACGCGUUUGUGGAUACACGUCUUUGUGGCAGAGCUAUGUGAUAUCCAAUUAUCUCUACUACAGUUCUCUGGUCAUGCAUUUUAUUGGCUUUGCGCACAAGUUCCUUCACACAGAUCCAGAAAUAAUAACUCAGAUGGUUCUGAAGGUGAUGAGUACAUUGACAUCGUCAAAAGAGCUUUUGGUUCUGGUGAAGAAUAUUGAUAAAGCCUUUCACUCUAAACAAACUGGACCAGGAAACUCAAAAGUGAACGAAUUGUCUCGAUUUGCUCCAUCUAUCCGUGAGCAGUUGAAGGAUUGGGAAGAUGGGUUGUGUGAGAGCAACGCUGAUGGUUCAUUCUUGCAUGAAAACUGGAACAAAGACUUGAAACUCUUUAGUGAUGGUGAAGAUGGCGGACAACAACUGCUUCAGCUAUUCAUACUGCGGGCAGAAGCCGAACUGCAAACUGUAUCCGAGAAAAACCUCACAGAGGCCCUUAAGUGUGUAGAUUCACUAAAAUCAGCGGUUUCAAACUUCUUUGGUGGGCAUGUCAUUAAACCAAUCGCUUUUUCCCUAGAGCCGGACCAUCCUCAAAAAAUCCGUGACGAGCUCUUCAAGCCACGUGGUGCUGGCAACCAAAUAGCAGGGAUUGUGAAGUACAAAGGGGACUGGAUGACCCGUCCGGUUUCAGAAGACGAGGUUGCAUGGAUGGCCAAACUGCUAAUCAACAUAUCUAUCUGGCUCAAUGAACGCCUGGGGCUGAACAAAUCUGAGACCAACAAAGAAAAGAAAGAGAAUUCAGAGGCAGUGUCAUAUGUAGACAUAUCAGGGGAAGAUGUGGGAAACGUUGGUGGACCUGGAGAUGCUGCAAGGAUGUUGUUGCGAGGGGUGGUGAUGGUAUGUGGUACGGUGUUGCAGCUGAUGAGAAGAUUCGGGGUUCGAGUCAAUCUUCGGGUCAUGGCUUCCAAGAAGUUUCUGAUGCUUUUAUUUCUCUAUGUCCUGUUUCUUGUACUGAAAAGGGUUGUCACAAGGAUGAUUUGGUAGAUUGGUGUCUAAAAUGAGUUAAAGUUGAACAAGUAUAAGGAAAAUAGACCCUCUCACUCGCAAAGAGGGUUUGAUAGGAAUUGGGAAAGCUGUUUUACGAAACAGGGACUGAGGUUUUUGGUAAU